AUGGCGGCGCAGGCUUCGCCCCGCUCCAAGAUGGCGUUGGGGCGGCCCCGCCCCGCGGCGGCGGAGCGGGGCGGCGGUGCCGGGUGGCCGCGGUGUCCUUGCGGCGGGCCGGGGGCCUGGGGCGCGGGGCCAUGCUCGCCUUGGUGGCCAGGGCUGCGCACAUUGUCAGGUGGAAGAGGAGACCCAGACAGGCCGAGGGAGAGGUUUACGGUCUUUUCUGUCCUCCCAGCCAUGGAUAGGAAGCAGGAGCAAGCAGAGAAGGCCAGGCCCUGUGGCCUGCUGAAGCCGACAGCAUCUCUAGGCAAGAUCCUGGGCAGAAUCCAGCUCCACCAGGAAGCACUGCCCCACCUGCCCGUGCCACCACUCCAGCAGACCCUGGACAGGUACCUGCUGACCCUGCAGCCCAUUGUGAGCCAGGAGGAGCUGAACCACACGCAGGAGCUGGUGGCCGAGUUCCGCAAGCCGGGAGGCGUCGGGGAGAGGCUGCAGAAGGGCCUGGAGAGAAGAGCCAAGAAAACAGAGAACUGGCUCUCAGACUGGUGGCUGAAGACAGCUUACCUGGAAUAUCGCCUGCCAGUUGUGGUCCACUCCAGCCCAGGUGUGGUUUUACCCAAGCAGGAUUUUCUGGAUCGACAAGGUCAGCUCAGGUUUGCCGCCAAGCUGAUCGAGGGCAUCCUGGAUUUCAAGUCCAUGAUUGACAAUGAGACCCUUCCAGUGGAGUACAUGGGUGGGAAGCCCCUCUGCAUGAACCAGUACUACCAGAUCCUCUCCUCCUGCCGCAUUCCCGGGCCCAAGCGGGACUCCAUUGUCAACUAUGCCAAAGGCAACAAGCAGUCCAGGCACAUCACAGUGGUUCACAACUUCCAGUUCUUUGAGCUGGAUGUUUACAACAGUGAUGGAUCUCCCCUGACCUCCGAGCAGCUCUUCAUCCAGCUGGAGAAGAUAUGGAACACCUCCCUCCAAACAAACAAAGAACCUAUUGGGAUCCUCACCACCAACCACCGAAACAGCUGGGCAAAAGCCUACAACAACCUCCUGAAAGACAAGACCAACAAGGAGUCCGUGCGUGCCAUUGAGAAGAGCAUCUGCACCGUGUGCCUCGAUGCCCCCAUGCCCCGGGUGUCCGAGGACAUCUACAACAGCCGCGUGGCCGCGCAGAUGCUGCACGGCGGCGGCAGCCGCUGGAACAGCGGCAACCGCUGGUUCGACAAGACCCUGCAGUUCAUCAUUGCUGAAGAUGGCUCCUGUGGUCUCGUGUAUGAACAUGCUCCCUCUGAAGGUCCUCCCAUCGUUGCUCUUCUGGAUCAUGUCGUGGAGUUCACGAAGAAACCCGAGAAGGCCAGAUCACCAACGGUUCCUCUGCCAAUGCCCAAAAAGCUGCGGUUUAACAUCACCCCAGAAAUCAAGAAUGACAUAGAGAAUGCAAAGCAAAACCUCAACAUAAUGGUCGAAGACCUGGAUAUCAAAGUCAUGGUCUUUCAUCACUUUGGGAAAGGCUUCCCCAAGUCAGAGAAGAUAAGCCCUGAUGCUUUUAUCCAGCUGGCCUUGCAGCUGGCGUACUACAGGAUGUACGGCCACGCCUGCGCCACGUACGAGAGCGCGUCGCUGAGGAUGUUCCGCCUGGGCCGCACCGACACCAUCCGCUCCACCUCCGUGGACUCCCUCAAGUUUGUGCAAUCCAUGGACAGCCCUGACAAAUCGGACCAGGAGAAAGCAGACCUGCUGAGGAGAGCCACAAAGGCCCACAGGGAAUACACAGACAUGGCCAUACGGGGCAAUGCCAUAGACCGGCACCUCCUUGGCCUGAAGCUCCAGGCUAUUGAGGAUCUCGUGAGCAUGCCAGAGCUGUUCAUGGACACAGCCUAUGCUGUUGCAAUGCACUUCAAUCUCUCAACCAGCCAGGUCCCAGCAAAGACAGACUGCGUGAUGUGUUUUGGUCCCGUGGUUCCAGAUGGCUAUGGAAUCUGUUACAACCCCAUGGAAGAACACAUCAACUUUGCAAUUUCAGCCUUCAACAGCUGUGCCGACACAAACGCCGCCCGCAUGGCACAUUAUCUCGAGAAGGCACUGCUAGACAUGAGGAUCUUGCUCCAGGCUGCUCCCAAAUCCAAACUGUAAGAGGCAAACAUGAUGCAAACCCCCCCUAGUUAAAGGGGCUAUGCCUCAUGCGCUGAAGUUCCCAAUUCCUCAGACAAUAAUUGAGAGAAAAGCUGCCCCUGGAACCUAGGAAGGCUUCUAUCAUUUGCUUUCAUCAAGAGGUUACACAACAGUCACCCGCAGAUAGCAGACUCUGUAGUGAAAGGAAACAGUCUCAAGCCAAAGUAGAACUGACUGGUCCUCUCCCGUCAAUGCAAAGUGCACCUUCCUGUCCUCAAAGAGGACUCAAAUAUGAUUUUUACAAAACUUACUAUAAAGGAAUACAGAAAGCACAGUCCUUACCAGUAUCUAAAUCCAUUUGGUGAGGAAGGUAGUUCUCCAGGAAAAGCAGGGAAUGUUUAUUGUGUGAUGCAACUACUAAGUCCUUCCGAAGAGCGUCUUUCAAACUUGACUGAAGGUUUUUCUGCUGCUCCAGCAAAACUUCACCACUGAACUUUGGCAAGGGGAGAAAGAAGUUAAGCCAGAGCAGAUCCAGCCUUGUUAGAGUGCACUGCACUACUAAUCCCAGGCACUCCAACCAGUAUCUGCUUUACAGGAACAUUCCCUUCCCCUCGUUUUAGGACGCUGGGAUCUCCCUUCUGUUGCACUGACCUUAUUAACAACAGAACAUGACUCCCUGCAAACUAA